AUGACUGAACGGUUGACUCUCCCAAAUCUCGAGGCCUACAUUUCUACACAUCCCGAUUCGGACAAAGAUAAGGCGAAAACAGGCUCAUCGCCGGUCUUUCCUCUUUUGAAUAAUGAUGAGACGUCGAACCCACUGUCCACUGAUAACGGAAGACAAAAGCAUAUUGGUGAAGAUGAUGCCGAGGAAGAGCCAGCUGUUGCCAAGCCAUUUGUCCGACUGUCCAGUCCCGAUUCUGCGGCGCGAACGGCAGACGCUUAUGAUGAGAAGGGUCUCGACCGUCUAGAUCGCAAGAUGCACAAGUUUAGUCUUUACGAGACCGCUACCAGAUACUACAUCGUUGGUGGUGAUGUUACAGAGCGUCGGUACCGGAUCCUCAAAAUUGAAAGGACCACAGACGACUCUGAGCUGAGCAUCACUGACGAUAAGAUUAUCUACAGCCAGAAAGAAAUGAACCAGCUCCUCGACACAAUUGACGAUGGGAAUAAGGGGACUGGCGGUAUUAAGCUCCGAUGCACUACUUGGGGGUUGCUUGGUUUCAUCAAGUUCACAGGUCCCUAUUACAUGCUUCUAAUUACGAAGAAGAGCACGGUUGCUAUGAUUGGCGGACACUACAUUUAUCAAGUUGAUGGCACAGAGUUAGUGCCGUUAACGCCGACUCGAUUCAAGGCUGAUGUUCGAAACACUGAAGAGUCUCGGUUUCUGGGUAUACUGAACAACCUAGAUUUGACGAGAUCAUUCUACUAUAGCUACUCCUAUGACAUAACUCGUACACUGCAGCAUAAUCUGACGAGGGAGCGUGAGGCGCUAGCACAUGGGCUGCCGGGUGCCAUGGACGACUUUAACGGCAUGUUUGUAUGGAACAGUCAUCUUCUUCAACCAGCGAUGAAUGCCCUUAAGGAUCCUUUUGACUGGUGCCGCCCUAUCAUCCAUGGCUACAUUGACCAAGCAGCACUCUCAAUAUAUGGGAGAACUGCGUAUAUCACGAUCAUCGCGCGACGAUCCCGUUUCUUUGCUGGCGCAAGGUUCCUUAAGCGAGGGGCCAACGAUCUUGGCUAUGUCGCCAACGAUGUCGAGACAGAACAAAUAGUUUCUGAGGCUCUCACAACGUCCUUUCACGCGCCAGGACCAAAGCUUUUCUCCAGCCCGCAGUACACCUCAUACGUCCAACACAGAGGCAGCAUUCCUCUAUACUGGACGCAAGAUAACACCGGCGUGACCCCGAAGCCUCCUAUCGAAUUGAAUCUGGUAGAUCCAUUCUAUAGUGCGGCUGCCUUGCACUUUGACAAUCUCUUUGAGCGCUAUGGCGCUCCCAUAUACGUUCUGAACUUGGUCAAAGCAAGAGAGAGAACGCCACGGGAGUCCAAGCUUCUGUUAGAAUACACAAAUGCAAUCAACUAUCUCAAUCAGUUCUUGCCAGAAGGACGCAAGAUACUGCACAAGGCCUGGGAUAUGAGCAGAGCGGCCAAGAGUCGCGACCAGGAUGUCAUAGGGACGCUGGAGCGCAUUGCUGAAGAUGUGGUUACCACCACUGGCUUCUUCCACGACGGUGAUGGGAUCGUGAACCUGACCAGUAUUCAGAAUGGGGUGGCCCGCACCAACUGCAUUGAUUGCUUGGAUCGCACAAAUGCCGCCCAAUUCGUCAUAGGCAAGAGGGCACUUGGGCAUCAACUGCAUGCGCUUGGAAUACUUGAGGACACCUCUAUCAACUACGAUACAGACGCAGUGAACCUUUUUACACAUAUGUACCAUGACCACGGGGACACCAUUGCUGUUCAAUAUGGCGGCUCGCAGCUUGUCAAUACGAUGGAAACAUAUCGCAAGAUUAAUCAAUGGACAAGUCACUCGCGCGAUAUGAUUGAGAGCUUUAAAAGAUAUUACAACAAUUCUUUCCUGGAUGGUCAGCGCCAAGAGGCCUACAAUUUGUUCCUUGGAAAUUAUAUUUUUGCCCAGGGGCAACCGAUGCUGUGGGAUUUAGCAACAGACUAUUACCUCCAUCAUGCUGAUCCACGAGCGUGGGCAGAAAAGACAAAGCGAGACUAUAUCCAUUGGUUCACACCAGAAAAUUUACAAGAUCGUAAGUUUCCACCGUACAGUCCACCUCCGGGGGAAGCAAAGAAAAUGCCGUUGUCUUUCUUUGACGAUUACUGGGUUGAAUACUACCGGCCGUCAACACUAUCGUCGUUUCUCAAAAUGUUUCCCUACAAGAUGAACUCAACCAUCAAAUAUAUACCCUUCAAAUCUACCCAGGAUGGUCGAUACGAUUUGAGUCCAUUCCGAGUCCGCAAUGAGACCGACAUGGAUGCACACGAGAAAAAGAAACCCAAGAAAGAGGUGACGAUUGUCGACCCGCAAGACUACCAGCCUCCCCCAGAUAUGGAUGCAUCGUCUGUAAUGUCUGACCGGACGACUGGGGCCAAAGGUAUAUCAAUUCACCGUUGGCUACAGCCAAUGCAGGACAAGGUGGUUGGCCACCAUGGAAUCAUGAAAGAGACGCGGACAGAGCCCCAGGGUUCACCAAAAAUAAAACCUACGGCCCAAGAAAAGACAAAAGCAGCGCAGUGGACCUUUACCAAAGUGGUCAAUGAGUCACUCAAUCCUUCGGUUAGCCAGCAGGAGGCCGAGGAUUACGAGCGUUAUAUCAGUCACCCCCAGAAUCUUCCGUUGGUUGUGUCGGCUGAAGUUCAGGCCGAGAAUCAGUCAGAGUACCAACACUACGUCCAGAGCAGCUGGCAAAGUGAAGUACCUAUUGCUAUGGGCACUGAGGAAGACAUUGCCGUUUAUGCCGAGUUACUCAAGGUUGGAAGCAAUCCCCUCACUGUCACUGAAGAGGACGCACAGAAGAAGCGGUAUAAAGCCUAUAGAAAAUGGCUUCGUGGGAAAUCCUUUUUCAAGCAGCAGCCGCUCGAUUAA